AUGGACGGCACCGCCAGUCCUAACAUACAUACCAUCGUCAAAGCCCAGAUCGUCUUUCUUCUCUCAACGCUUACGGAGGACAACUUUGAAAGGAACCAGGUGGAAAUCCGUUCGUUGUCGGAGCAACAUGGCAUUGACACGUACCUCCACUUCAUCCGCCGCCUCAUCGUUCACUCCCACAGCAGACUCACCUCUACCGCCUCUCCCGCCGCGUUUGAUCAAUCUGCUGCCCUCACUUUUCGCUUGCUGGUGCAAGAAACUCAACGUCUUGCACGCGACCCCUUCCUUGCCGACAGGUUUCGAGAUGGUAUCGAUCGUGGAGAAGGGGAUGUCUUCCGCAACUUCGACUUCAUCAAGUUUGCCGAUCGCAUUGGGCUCAGGCCGCUGGAAAGGCUCAUCUUGGCGUCGUCCAUUCUCGCGGCUCCCACGCGCAAAGAACUCGCGGCGCAGGCGGCGACAGUCAUCCGGGUGGACUUCGAGAAUGCAGUCUUAGCCUUGUGCCAGCAUCCCUCCUUUGACCAUGCCGAUCUGAGCCCGAACCAGGUUGCCAAACUCUUGUCCAACUUGCUGGCGGAACCACCUCAGGACGCGCCGGUUUUGGAUGCGACACAGAGGCAGGCUCUGAUUCUGGCUGCGCAAGCCAAAUACGGCUCAGAGAUCGUAUCCCCCAUAUUGCAACGCAUCCUGCCCAAUUUGAGCCUGCCUAAUGGGACUUCACUUGUGCAGGCACUGGUGCAGCUAGGUCCUGAGGCCACCGCAGACCCUGACGUCGUUCGUGCACUUUUCGUGCGAUUCGGUCUGACAGAGAACAAUCCGCCCACGGACGCUCAAUUGGUUGAGGUUAUCACUUCCCUAGCAAGGUUAGCGUCUGAGGGAACACAUCUGCCGGAUGUUGGGUCUGUUGUUCGAGCGUUGAACAGCUUGAAUGGCGAACUCAACUGGGCCGCAGCUAUCAAGGCCUUCGACAUGCCUGACCGCCAAGGCGUGGACACGGCGACGUUGAAGCUCCUGAUUGCCAUCCUCAUGAAUGCACCACGCGACGACAACCAGCACGCGGUCACGGGGUUCUGGCAGUUGUGGUCAAACACGCUCUAUCAGCUCCGCCUCCUUGAUGCACUCCUCUCCCUUCCCGCAGAUACGUUCAACUUCGUAAACUUGCCUGGGCGGAAGAUAGUCACAGUGGAUGAUGUCGCUGGCGCAAGUCCCACCAUCAAGUCGCUCGCAGCCAACGUGCAAGGGCACACUUGGAACUCAUUGGAUUUGUUCGAGGUGCUCGUUCAAGCAGCGGACUUGAACAACCCAGAUGUGGAGAAUACGGUCCGUGAGAUGCUUGACAAGGCGGUCAAGAUCAGUGCCGAACUCGUUCACAUGGGGCUGCUACAAGUGCCUCAAUCACCCUGGAACGAUAUCCGUUUGGACUACACCCAGCGGCUUCUGGCUAUGUUCCUAGCCGGGCACCCCAACCACCAGCUAGUGUUCAUGAGGAUCUGGCAGAUCGAACCGGUGUAUCUCACCAACGCUUUCCGCGAUUUCUAUGAGGAGAGCCCGUUGAACAUUACGAGGAUACUGGACAUCCUUGACUCCUUACUGGAAGUCCGGCCGUUCACGUUUGCACUGGAUGUGGCUGCUCUUGCGUCUCGUCGCGAAUAUCUCAAUCUCGACAAGUGGCUGGCAGACAACGUGUCGGCGCAUGGAGCGGACUUCUUGCACGCCGUGAUAGCCUUCCUGGACCUCAAGAUGGAGAGUGAGAAAGCGCAGCGGGUUUCUGAUCCCCCGGUCGACCCUCGCACCAUGCAGCUUUCCCCGCAGACGAUCACCAUCUUCUUGCGAGUCCUGCGCAACAGCUCUGCUAUCAUGCACGAGAGUGAUAUCGACUACUGCCUCGAAGUCCGGAACGCGUGCCUCCAAAUUCACCCUCGUUUGAUGAACCUCAUCCCCGGUUCGGAUACGGAGCCUGGAUUUGCGGUUGUCAGCUACUCCGCGGAAAUCGAGACAGAGGUCGACGGCAUCUACAAGCAGAUGUACGACGAGCAAAUCACGAUCGACGACGUGAUCAAGUUGCUGCAGCGCAACAAGACGUCCAGCAGCCCUCGCGACCAUGAGAUCUUCUCCUGCAUGCUCCACUUCCUCUUCGACGAGUACAAGUUCUUCCAGCACUGCUACCCACCUCGCGAGCUUGCGAUGACCGGUUACCUCUUCGGCUCGUUGAUCCAGUUCCAGCUGGUCGACUUCAUCCCCCUCGGCAUUGCCAUCCGUUAUGUCCUAGACGCGCUUGGCUGCCCACCCGAGACGAACCUAUUCAAGUUUGGUCUGCAGGCUCUGUCGCGCUUCGAGUCCCGGCUAGCUGAAUGGCAGCCCCUCUGCCAGGCACUCCUCAAGAUCCCCCACCUUCUUGAGGCUCGCCCCGAGCUAGCGGUCAUCAUCCAGCGCGCCUUGGUAAAUGGUGAUAGCAGUAGCAGCUCGGCUGACCUCCGCACCCUGCAGUCCGCGUCGAUGCCCGAGACGCCUCCGGUCUUCACCGCAAUCCAGCUGGACAGGCUUGACGGAGAGCCUGAGGCGCCGCCCGAGGAGGUUUCGGACAAGAUCCUGUUCAUCGUGAACAACCUUGCGCCGUCAAACUUCGAUGCGAAGCUGUUGGAGAUGAAGGGACAGUUCCAGGAGCAGUACUGCCGGUGGUUCGCCAACUACCUUGUGGACCAGCGUGUUAGCACCGAGCCCAACAACCACCAGCUCUACCUUCGGUUCCUGGAGGCGUUGAACUUACAACCGCUCUCCCACUUCAUCUUGCACGAGACGCUCGUGAAGUCGGCUAUCCUUCUCAACUCGGAGAAGACGAUGCAACUUGGUUCGGAGCGGGCGAUCCUUAAGAACGUAGCUUCAUGGCUAGGAAGCAUCACACUGGCACGGGACAGGCCGAUCAAGCACAAGCAGCUGUCGUUCAAGGACCUCCUCAUCGAGGGAUAUGAUAACGGAAGGCUCAUCGUCGCGAUUCCCUUCGUCUGCAAGACCCUGGAGCCCGCCGCGAGGUCAAAGGUCUUCAGGCCACCCAACCCUUGGCUGAUGGCCGUCGUCAGCCUCCUCACCGAACUAUACCACUUCGCCGAGCUGAAGCUGAACUUGAAGUUUGAGAUCGAGAUGCUCUGCAAGGCGCUCGAUGUCGACCUGGACAUCAUGCAGGCUACCACCAUCCUCCGCAACCGCCCUCUCACCGACUCCCUCUCCGGCCCUCCCCUCCCAGACUACGUCGGCGACAUAGACUCCCUGCCUAUGGGUGGGUACGACCCUACCGCGCAGACUCCAGGAGAUGCUCAGGUGUUACCUCUAGGCCCGUCCAGCCCCUCGGAGACGCAGCGUGUUCUUGGUGCCCACAUCGAAAACAUCCUGUCCAGCGUCCUCCCCCAGGUUACGUUCAGUCCGCAGUUGGCCCCCCUGAACACGAACCCGUCUUUCAAGCGCGCAGUGCAUAUGGCUAUCGACCGCGCCGUCCGCGAGAUCAUUCUCCCGGUCGUCGAACGUUCCGUCACUAUCGCUGGUAUCUCGACGCGCGAGCUCGUCGCCAAGGACUUUGUCACCGAGUCGAGCGAAGAUAAGAUGCGCAGGGCUGGACACCUCAUGGCGCAGAAACUGGCUGGCAGCCUUGCUCUCGUUACCUGCAAGGAGCCGCUGAAGGGCAACCUCGGCAGCCAUAUGCGGCACUUCCUUACCGAGUUUGGCUUCACGGAGCAAAUGGUCCCAGACCAAGUUAUCUUCCUUUUGGUCCAGGACAACAUCGAGCUUGCGUGUAGCGCGAUCGAGAAGGCGGCAAUGGACAGAGCGGUCAUCGAUGUGGACGAGGGCUUCGCCGCUGCUUACGAGCUGCGUAGGCGUCACAGAGAGCAACGUCCCGGCCAGGCCUUCUGGGACAAUGCUUCUCUGCAGUCCCCCAUCGUCACCUCUUUGCCCGACCCGCUGCGCAUUAAGGCGUCUGGUGUUCAGCCCAGCCAAAUGCGGGUUUACGAGGAGUUCAAGGAUUACACCGAACCCAAGCGCGGCUUCACCAGCCGUCCCAACUCGACCGCCUCGUAUACGCGCAAUGAUCAGAUCGCCUCGCUGUACAGCCCGUCGCCCAUGCCUGAGCAGCCAUCUCAGAACCUCCUGCGACCCCAGGAGGCUAUGGAACGCUUCAACGCCCUUGUCAGGGACCUCGAGGCCGUCCUUCUUCAGCUCCCCAUCACCUCGCUCGCCGCUCUCCCUCCCAAUCAUGAGGUUCGCCACCUUGUCCGCCAAAUCCUCUUCCUCGCCGUCGACUCCCUCGACCGGACGCGCACCCCUCUCCUCAUGUCCCAGAAGAUUGUGCAGCUCCUCUACAAGACGCCGUCGCAGCUUGGCCGCGAGAUCUACGUCGCUCUCCUCGAUCAGCUCUGCCAUUCGUUCGAGGAUGUCGCCAAGGAGGCAAUCACUUGGCUGGUUUACGCCGAGGACGAGCGCAAGUUCAAUGUGCCCGUCACUGUCACUCUCCUCCGGAGCGGUCUCGUCACCAUCGUCCAGGAAGAUCAACAGCUGGCGAAGCAGCUCUAUACCGACCCGAGGCCUAGCUUGCAGACCUUCGCUGCUGGCCUUAUCCGGGAGUACCUCGCCGCCGAUCCGCCGUUGUCGACCCAAGGACAGUUCUCCUACUCGAUGGAGAUCCUCACUCAGCUUGCACAGUCGAACAAGGCGAACGAUGAAGUCCUCCGGCUCCUCGACGAGCUGCGCGGCGUUCGCCGGCCAGCUCAAGCAGCUGUGGAGGCUCAGCCAAUUCGGCAGCCUUCCGUCAAGCCAGAGACGGAGAGUUUGCGGGAGAAGCUGUUCAUUUGGUUCCAGCAAUGGGUCAGCAUCUACCAGCGGUCGCACUCGCCAGAGAAGUCGUUCGUGCCGUACAUCACGCAACUUACUCGUCAAGGCAUCCUGAAGGCCGAGGACACGUCUUCGUUCUUCUUCCGUGUCUGUGCAGAGUCGAGCGUCAACAGCUACAUCAAGCACGUCAACGCAGGGGAGUUUGGCUUCGCCUUCCAGGCCCUCGACGCCAUGUCGCGCUUGAUCGUGUACAUCAUCAAGUACCACGGCGACGCGUCUGGGGUCAACAACGACCAGGCGAAGGUCCACUACCUGACGAAGAUCCUGUCCAUCUUCGUGCUCGUCCUUGCGAACAUGCACGAGGAGCAGGGUCCCGCCUUCCAGCAGAAGCCGUUCUUCCGGUUCUUCUCCAGCCUGUUGAACGAUCUCCACUCUAUCGAGAGCAGCCUCGGCACCGCGUACUUCCAGCUCUUGUUGGCCAUCGGGGAUACAUUCAGCUCGUUGCAGCCGACGUACUUCCCGGGCUUCGCCUUCUCGUGGAUGAGCUUGAUCUCUCACCGCCUCUUCAUGCCAAAACUGCUCCUGUCCGACGGCAGGGAGGGUUGGUCUGCUUUCUAUAAGCUUCUACUCUCCUUGUUCAAGUUCCUGGGGCCCUUCCUCAAGUCGGCUGAUCUCCAGGCGGCUGGGAGGGACCUGUACAGGGGCACACUCCGCCUUCUCCUUGUCCUCCUUCACGACUUCCCCGAGUUCCUUGCCGAGUACUACUUCUCACUUUGCGACGUCAUCCCCCCGCGUUGCAUUCAGCUCCGCAACAUCAUCCUCAGCGCCUACCCUCCUAACAUCAUCCUACCCGACCCUCAUCUCCCCGACAUCGACUUCGAGUCGAUCCCCGAAAUGGGCCCUAUCCCACCCAUCCUCUCCGACUUCGCAGCGGGCCUCCGUGCCGGUGAUCUCAGGCUGUACCUCGACCAGUUCCUGUUGAACAGGAACUCUCAGCCCACGUUCCUGUCCUCACUCAAGGAUCGUCUCCUUGCCCCACCUCAGGAGGCCGGAGCUGAGCCUUACAACCUGUCUCUCAUCAACUCCCUGGUCAUGUACAUCGGAGUGUCCUCGGUGGCUCAGGCUAGAGCGCGCAGUGCAGGCCCGCUGUUUGUCCCUACGGACCCCGGCGCUAUGGCUCUGCACUACUUGGCGACCAACCUGGACGUGGAAGGCCAGUACCACUUGCUCAACGCGAUGGUCCUCCACCUGCGCUACCCGAACGCGCACACCCACUGGUUCACGUUGCUUAUGCUCCACCUGUUCCACGAGAUCGAGGCCGACAGCUUCAGGGAGGUUAUGACCAGAGUCCUGCUCGAGCGGUUCCUCGUUCAUCGCCCUCACCCUUGGGGAGCCCUGGUGACGUUCAUCGAGCUCCUGCGGAACCCGAAGUACCAGUUCAGGCAGCAGGACUUCGUCAACGUCGCGCCCGAGGUUACCCUUCUCCUCGAGAACGUCGCUCGGUCUAUCUUCACCUCGUAG